CUGGUCGCAUAGCCAACGAUGAGCAUCUAGUCGUCUCAGCGAUAUUGAUGAUCGAAAGCAUAUGGGCGAUCGGCUCUGACGUCAUACGAUUAGCGGAACGCUAGGUUUGACAGAUGAAUGUGUGGUGCUUUCUCGUUGUGUUGGUGUGGUGAUUUCAUAAUUUUGUUGGUGGCAAUUCUUGCCGUCUCAAUGUAAUGUAUGUAGCAGCCGUCGAUGGUGAACACCGAAUGAGCACUAAUGGAUUGAGCUGGCUCGCGUUAAGCGCUGUACAUUGAGAAAGCCGUGCGUGCGGGAGACUAGUUACUCCAGCGCAAUCCUGAAGGCUUGCUCGUUUUGUCCAUUUACUGGGCUUAGCUUCGAAGUGUUUUGUAAGGUGGUUCUUCCAUGCUGUAAGCAGCUGGUAGUCCUGCCGCCGCCAUUGGAUAACGUGCCCUAUGCUUUUGAGGAUCCUGGUGGUAGAAAACGAACGGCUAGACAUACGCAACAGACACACAAUAAAAAGUGUGAAAGCAAGCCAUAAAACAAAUCAGUCAUAGCAAUCUCGAUUGUAGUGGUGUUUCUUUCAAGUACCGUAUAAAGCUGCACGGAAGAAGCUGAAAAAGAGCUAUCGUUAUAGCACCAUCUUACCGCCUGUUCUACUUUGUGAUUUGCCGUGAAUGUGUAUAUGUGAUUGUGCGUGAAUUAGUACGUCGUCGUUGACGACGACAACGACAAUAACAACAACUGAUGCAACAUUGCUGCUCACUAAUAGUGGCUGAUUCGAUCUGCUCACGUUUGUUUAUUCUUGUGUCGAUUCUCUACUCGGCUGGUUGAGGCUUGCGACUGUCAACUACAAAGCCGUGUAGUUAAAUGACUGAGUGAGCCAGUGUGUGAGUGAGUGAGUGAGCAGUUGCUGAGGCUAAUCGACUGAUUGCUGGACGAAGUGGCUGUCUGGGUGCCUGGUGCCUGCCGUCGCCGUUGCCGUUGGGUGGCCGUAGCCGCCGUCCGUUAUUUGUAUGGGUGCGCUUGUCCGUUUGCCAGAACAGGACCGAAUCACAAAGCAUUUCGUUACAGUUGCAUCACCAGCGAAUGUUGUCGGUCAUGUAUGGAACUAAUUUGUAGCGGCAGGAACAGCAAAGCCAAUAAUAUUUGAACAUAUUAGAAGACAAUAAACGAUAUCAUCUGCCAGAUAGACAGACGAACAGCAGACCAAGGCGUGAGGACAGUGGCCAGAACAACAAGAGAAAGAACGACCAAAAGAAACAUAGAGAGAAGCGAUAAACCCGUUUGGUCCCUCCUCUGCGCACAUUUCAAAGUAGUCUAACCAGCCCCUUAGCUUGAUUACAACCAAUGUGAGAAGAGAUCAAGGGACGACGAACGACGUCAACUCUGGGCGGCUGCAGAGCGGAGCCAGACAAACGUGUAUUAUUCUGACGCCAAAUUGACUACUGCUGAAGUAGUGGAUUAAGAAGAGUGAGCUAAACGUGCUAUCCUGGGAGAUUUGUCUGUACGAACAUGAGCCAGGAUGAAGCCGCCGAAUGCCCGCUGUGCAUGGAACCGCUCGAACUUGAUGAUUUGUCGUUCUACCCGUGCACCUGUGGCUAUCAGAUCUGCCGUUUCUGUUGGCAUCGAUUGCGGACUGAUGAAAAUGGACUUUGUCCAGCGUGUCGAAAGCAAUACAGCGAGGAUCCGGCCAAUUUUAAGCCGUUAUCGGUGGAUGAGAUGCAACAGAAGGCGAAAAAUGAGCGCAAAGCGAAAAAACAGCGAUUGGUUGAAAACCGUAAGCACUUGGCAAACGUACGGGUCGUUCAGAAGAAUCUCGUAUUUGUCGUCGGUCUGCCGACGCGUUUGGCAUGCCAAGAACAGCUGAAACGCCAUGAAUGUUUUGGGAAAUUUGGUAAAAUACAUAAGGUCGUUGUCAAUCAAAGCACGUCAUAUGCCGGUGUACAAGGUCCGUCGGCGAGCGCAUAUGUCACAUAUUUUCGUAGCGAAGAUGCACUGCGAGCAAUCGAAGCUGUUAACAACGUUCGUGUCGAUGGCAAGACGCUGAAGGCAUCACUCGGAACUACAAAAUAUUGCAAUCAUUUCCUUAAAGGUGGUCAGUGUCCAAAAUCCGAUUGCAUGUACUUACACGAACUGGGUGACGAGGCAGCUUCGUUCACCAAGGAGCAGAUGCAGGCAGGUAAACACACUGAGUAUGAGCGAAGAUUGCAUGAACAAUUAAACCACACAGGUGGAUGUGGAAAUAACGGCAGUACCAAUCAACGAGGGGAAUCAAAGGAGUGCCAGACUCUACAGCAUCAACAGCAACAUAAAUUUUUCCAAAAGGAAAACAGCUGUGGCAACAAUAAAAUAGCGGGACAGCGCUCCAGUCCUUUACCUGCCACUGAGCGCGUACCAGGUAGUCAUCUACCCGCGCAACUGCCACCAUCUGCAACUGGAAUGGCCAACAAUAGUAAUAAUAAACAACAGCAGCAACAGUUAUCAGCUAAAAAUGAAGGUGGAGGCAGCGUAGGCGGAGGCAAUGGAGGUCGUCGGACUCGCCAUAAAUCUUCAGAGUGUUCAUCCGAAGAAGCCUCAUCUUGUGAGGAACAGUUACAACUUCAUAAUAAUCAGAAGUCGCCAGCAACACCCUUGUCGGAACGUAGCGAUUCCCCAGACCUCGAACGGCUGGUUGGCCAAACAGCUGAUGAGACGCCAGACGAUGACGACGAUGAUUGUGAGGAUGAAGAUGACGAGGACGACGAAGAAAAGGAAGAGGAGGAGGAGGAAGCGGUAGGAGGGGAGAAAGAAAGGGAAGCAGUAAUAAACCAUGACCAUAACCAGGAAGAAGAGGAUGUCGAGGAAAAUAUAAGUGACGCUAAAAAACAAUACGAUGGCAGCAGGACGUCGGCAUCGGCAGAAACGCUAGCGGAAGCAGCAACAACAGGGUGCAAUCAAAUAAGAACGAGACAUGGCCAUGAAAUAAAUCAUCGGGUACAUCAACAACAACAACAAAGUAAUCAACGUACUAUUGGGACACCACAGCAAUGUAAGCACCUACAACAGCUCCACGCACAACAGCAGCAACAACAACAACAUAGGCCCAUAACGCAAGAAGGACAACAUCAACAUCUGCGAAGUUCAUCGCCUUCAUGCAAUCAGGCACAACAAUCAAGCUGUAGUGCGCCUAAACAGUACCAUUUGCAGAACGAAUUGCCUUCACAGAAUCGACAAGCUAUUUUACUCCGAGAAGAUCGCCGUAAUCAUCAGCAUCAACAUCAUCAUUUACAGCAAAACCCUUUUCACCAACAUUCAUGCGAUACACCCCCGUCACCUGACAGUGGCGGCGAUGGUGCACUGAGAAACAGUGGCGUCUCUGCUAAAGGAGUGAUGCAGCAACUGCAAGGCCUUAAUCAACUUUCUCUUGGAUGUCAGGUGCACCCAUCCAGCCAUUCAUCUGUUCAAGAUCAUUUACUACAACAUCAGCACGCAAGUCCACAUCAACAGACUGUUAACAUUCAACAGCAACAGCAACACCACCUCUUUCAGCAGCAGCAUCAUCACAAUCUCCAAAGGUCAUCAUCAAGGGAACAACUUCAACCUAUGGCUGCUAACAAGCAGCAAAGUAAUAGUCUUGUUAAUGAUAUAGAAUUAGACUUUGACCCCAUUUACAUUUCUCGAAAAGGUCUUGCUGAUCUCAUAGAACGAGAGCAGCACCACCCAUUAGGCGCCCCAUCACUGACACACCCUCAUCAAGUGGGGUCCUCAUCGGGACCUAACCCUAACAACCCUGGCAAUCGUCUCGCCAACUUAUUGCCGUUUGGAAGAAUGCCUCCCUCGCGGCCUUCUCCACCAGGUAUUGCCCCAUUGUCAGCGCCUUCCGCACAUCUUCCGGGCGGGAGCCAUCAUAUUGGCAAUCAAGCCACAUCAAGCUCAUUCCCGCCAGGCCUUGGAGGUCCAAUGGGGCCGAUGUCUGGUUUAGGGGCUCCUCCCAGUCAGUUAGGAACACAAAUGGCACCCCCUCCAGACCAUCCGAAUUCGCACGGAUCUCCCCAUCAGGGAAUGCGGCGAGCUCCACCUCCUGGCUUUGGCCCACCCAUACCACUUCCUCCACAGCAGAGUUCUGGGCAUUUUGGGACAUUUGGCCAAACACCACCUCCAAUGGGGCCACCCGGCGGUCAUCCGCAUGGCGCUGGCAGCAUAGCAAGCUACUAUACCGCUGCAGGAACAAAAAACGAUAUGGCCCCUCCUCCUGGUAGUAGUUUCGGUUUUCGAGCUUACAGUGGGGGCCAGCCCAGUGUUGUAAUUCCAGGUGGUGUUGCGAGUAGCGGCCACUGUGACGAUCUGCUUAAUAUGAAAGAACAGCAGGAACAAUUCCGACAGCUGUUGCCAUCCGUGAACAUUUCGUUUGGGCCUCCACCGCAUCAUCAUACGCCCGGGUCUCCUACUAGUUGUGGUUCAUCGAUGGCGACAGGUAGUACUACUAAUGCGAAUUCGCUGCCGCCUCCCCCUGGUCUUAUGGGGGCACUACCACAGCAACAUAAUCAGCGACAGCAGCCUCCUUUAAACAUGCUGACACACCAUUCAGGCGUCCAUGGGGGUAACAGUCUUCAUCACACCGGUAGUGGACAUCACGGAUCCAGCGGCUGGCCGGACGCUUUUCAGGAUCCUGCUAUUCUCUCCUCAUCGAGGCACACACACAUCGCUCAGCCGUCGACAGCAACAACAGGACCAGCUACAGACCAGCUACCUUCAUCCUACUUCUAGCCACUUAUGAUUUUGACACACUCGUUCAACGUGCUUGAGCGUGCCCAUUUCAGUGGUGCCAUGCAUACCGAUCGCAGCAUCACCUCACAAUGAAAGUUGCUGCGUUUCGUACUACACAUAUUAGCCGCCUCUUUUGCAGUCAUACGACUCUUCCUUUGAAGGACUCACAGAAUUUUGGGGUAAUGGCGAGGUCAAGACCGUGGCCAGCCAAUCGCCCUCAAUCUUGAAGCUCACCGCGUGUUCAAUUAAUAUUGCAAUUGAGUAUAUAGAGGUUUGUUGCGUUUUUGGCAGUUGUGGAUCAUCAAUUCUGAAAUGAAGAGGAAUCCAAACUCUGUUGCUACAAGCUGUUUUCGAGGCUGUGCUUAUAGGCUUUCGAUGUACGCAAGCCCUGCAAUCGUUUGGAGGCGUUGCUUAGCAAACUCCAUCCAGUGGUAACGAAGGGUCCAUUUGCGUUCUGGAAGCCUAGGGAAGCUGUUGAAAAACAAUCGCCGAUAUCUGGAUUUUCUUCACCACUUUUUGAUCGUGCCUGCCGAUAUGUCAAGGAUAUGGAUAGACAACAUUUUCGGGACCUUUGACAAUGAUACGCAGAAGCCGAAAGGCGCAUCAUUCGUCCAAUUUAGCGGCUUCUAAUCCUACAACCCGCUGGACGUGUUGAAGCACACGUCACGAAAACAAGACCGUUAAGUAUGCCACGGCACGUCGCGGGCCCAAAAAAAACGAAGAAGAGACAAGUUCAGACUCUUCAGGAGGCAACCCGUCCAAGAGCAGGCGCCUUUUUGAAAGCAAUUCCGCUAACCCUUACGGCGGCCUGCGUCGAGGACACCAGCUUACUUAAGCAUGAAUCUACGCCUGGAUUUUCGCUCAAUAGUGGGCUAAACACGUCACUGCUUCAGCGAAGUAGACGAACGCGGUCAACAAGGCCUGUAGCACCACUUUAGUUCCAUGAAUAGAGCUUCCGACCGAUUUAGUAAAGCCGGCAACUUUUUACUCAAACAACUUUCACAACAUGACAGGUGUUUUAGGACAGUAGCAGUAUCUAGCUACUUCUGUGUUCGCUUAGAUCUUAAUGUUUCUAGAUGAUGUUGUAUAUGCAUAGUUGUCAUAAAUUUCUAAACAUAUCCUGCAGUAAAACAAAGAUCGUUAAAAAUCACAAAAUGACGCUUUGAAAGCAUCAUAUAAGAUAAUCAAUAAAAAUAUAGCGCAAACUCACAUUUCACAUAAAAGUGAAGCAUCAGCUUGUUACAACUCGUUGUAUUUAUAGGGUAUUUGAAAGGCAAAAUAAAGCCGUGUCUUUUGCCCGGUGCCCGUUUUGCCGAUUCAUUCUCUGAUCUUUUUUUAUUUCUCUCGCUUUGAGAAAAUGGCGAACGCUGCUACAUGUUGCUGCUUACACCGUUCGCUGUCCAAUUAUUACUCGAUCAAGGUAUUUUCUACUUUACGGCUAAUGUGCAACCAGCCUCUAUUUCAAACAAAUAGCUCCAGAGCGGUUCGCGUUACUAACGCACCUCCCGUUUUAGUAAUGUAAUAGACGAACCAUAUCCGAAUUCGAUGUUAAAAGCCCUAGAAGAAAUCACUUUGGAAGAACCGGUGACCUGGUCUAGAAUCCUACGAAGCCUGCGCUUAAUUUUUUAUAAUGUUGCUUCACUUAGUCGUAGGAGUACUGCAUAUGAUUAUAAAGGAUCGCAAAGAUACGUAAGCCAAUAAAAUAAUGUCAUUUACAAUAAAAAGAUACAUUUUCAAUCCACAAUAAAAUUGUUGCACAAAAAAAUGCAGCAAAUCUCAGAAAAAAAAGAAAUUAUAAUGUGAACGGUGAUAUGAGCUUACAUAAACAAUUAAAAACUGUGUUGAUCCCACAAACGCUACUUUGAAUCUAGAAUAAUAGCGGUUGAAGUUGUCGCCGAGUAAAACUAAA